UCCUUUAGGAAAAAAAAAAUUAAUUAAUUAAGGAUAAUUAGUGUAGAACUUCUUACAGAAAGUCUGAAAGAAGAAAGUAAUUCAAUUUUAGACAUGGUGAGUUUAGGUUCCUGGGGAAGGCAUGUCCGUGUGAUGUCCAGCGAGCAAAUGAAUGCUGGAUCUGGAACUCCUAGAGAUAAUAUGGGACAGAGAUGAGCUUAGGAGCAGUCAGCAUAAAUGUGGUCACUGGAGCUUUGAGAGGGGAUGAGAUCCUUAAAGGAGGAGGAGAAGGUCUGAGAAAAUAAGGCCUGUGAUAGAAUCCUGGGGAUUAUGAUUAAGAGUUGUAUGGAAAAAGAUGAGGCUCCAACGAAGGCUGAGGAAUGACCAGAUGAACGGGAGGAAAACUAGAGAGUUCAGGGCAAUGGAAGGCAAGAUAAGAAGGCAUUUCGAGGUUAGAUUCCUAGAACAUGCUUCAACACCUUGCAAUUCUUUGUAAUACUCUCACACUCAUGUUUUCUCAUGCAGGAUUAUAAACUCUAGGAGCAUAGGGUCUCUAUUGGCCUUAUUGGUUAUUUUAUCCUAGUACUCAGCACACCGUCUGGCACAUAGUAAGAACUCAGUAAACAUGAAUAAAGGGGUUGGAUCUAUGAGGGGAGUCUCACCAGAUUGCAGAAGGUGCCUUCAGGAAUGCAUACGUUCCAAACCACUUCAUUCUCAAGCUUUGUGGCCAGUGAUGGAUAGAAGGUGGAUUGUGAUGUGUACAGAACAUGGGACCUUGGGGAGUUCCGUAACCAGAGGAGGAAGAAGUAACAACAGCCAGUGGAGACAAAAAUAACUGCUUCUCCUUUCUUUCCCCCUCCAAGUUCCUAGUGGAGGGCUGAGCCCAGCAUCCCAGACUUGUGUGAUUAUAUAGGCAAGCAUUUGGAAAGUAACUUCCCCUUGGCACCCUAUCCUUCAGCGGCUCAAGGUGUUGGCCUCUUUGCUUCCAAGUAGCAAACCUCCCUGCUGUCAGCAAGCCCAACACCAUGGGGAAGGGAGAUGUCUUGGAGACAGCACCAACCACUACAGCCUACCGCUCUGUCAUGGAGGAGUAUGGUUAUGACGUGGGCAAGGUCAUUGGCAAUGGCUCCUACGGGACGGUGUAUGAGGCUUACUUCACAAAGCAGAAGGUCAUGGUGGCUGUCAAGAUCAUCUCAAAGAAGAGGGCGUCUGAGGACUAUCUUAACAAGUUUCUGCCCCGUGAGAUACAGGUAAUGAAAGUCUUGCGGCACAAGUACCUCAUCAACUUCUAUCAGGCCAUCGAGACCACAUCCCGAGUCUACAUCAUUCUGGAGCUGGCUCAGGGUGGUGAUGUCCUUGAAUGGAUUCAGCGCUAUGGGGCCUGCCCUGAGCCCCUUGCUGGCAAGUGGUUCUCCCAGUUGACUCUGGGCAUCGCCUACCUGCACAGCAAGGGCAUCGUGCACCGCCUGACCCCCAGCCUUUCUGCUGCUGGUAGGGACUUAAAGUUGGAGAACCUGCUACUGGACAAGCGGGAGAACGUGAAGAUAUCGGACUUUGGCUUCGCCAAGAUGGUGCCUUCUAACCAGUCUGUGCGUAGUAGCCCUUCUAACCGCCAAAUGAACUGCUUUUCCCACCUCAGCCAGACCUACUGUGGCAGCUUUGCUUAUGCCUGUCCGGAGAUCUUGCUAGGCUUGCCUUACAACCCUUUCCUGUCUGACAUCUGGAGCAUGGGCGUCAUCCUCUACACUCUAGUGGUUGCCCAUCUGCCCUUUGAUGACACCAAUCUCAAGAAGCUGCUGAGAGAGACUCAAAAGGAAGUCACUUUCCCAUCUAACACCACCAUCUCCCAGGAGUGCAAGAACCUGGUCCUCCAGAUGCUAUGCCAGGCUACCAAGCGUGCCACCAUCCUGGACAUCCUCAAGGAUUCCUGGGUGCUCAAGUUCCAGCCUGAGCAACCCACCCAUGAGGUCAGACUGCUUGAGGCCAUGUGUCAGCCCCCCAGCACCACUAAUCCUCACCAAUCCUUGGAAAUCACAACCUGAAAAUUGCUGAGGGAGAGGGCUGAGACAGGAGCAAAGCAGGAGGGUCUGGGGCUAAAAAUCUUUUAUACCAAAAAUAAAUCUGAUUUAGUUUCAUCA